AAGAUAAAGACAAUGAUUUAUUUCUGUAAAGUUUGAAACUGUGAAAUGUUUUAUAUUUAUAUACUGAGCAAAAUAGUGAAAAUAGUUUAGUAUGUCUUUAAGAUAUCCCUAUAAAUAUUUUCAUAUGAAUUUAAGAUUGGGGUCAUUGUUUCAAACUAGAACAAACAAUCGUUAUAAUCUACAAGAAAUCAAAAACCGUUAAAACCGCCUAAUUGUAUUUUGGCGUUAAUGACCAUAGUUUAAACAAUGGAAAAACAAUGGGUUGUGUAACUUUUCUCUUUAAAAGAGAACUUAAGGUUUGAUGAAUUUGACAGAUGUAUACAAUAAUUAUCUUACAAAAUCUCCACACGAAAGAGCAAGUACUUAAACCCAAUGAUCAGUAAAAAGUGUUUUAACCUUUUAACAUACAGUUAGAUUGAGCAAUUAUUACUAUUCCAAAGGAAAGCAAGAGAAAAAGUAUCUUACAGAUUUUAUGAAGAGGAAGUAAGGACACAAGAGCCACUCCACCCAAAAUUUAAGAAAAUACAGUUAAAGGAUGGCACUAACAAAGGGUGCUCUGGAAUUAUUGUUUGACCGUUUGCAUCAUAACCAGAAUAAAUAUAUACCCGGGAUACUUCAAGAUGCCAUUGACGAGUACAGGAUGCUGGCCGCCGAGUUAGAUAGGGAGGAGAGAAGAAAGGUAAAUUACAUCAGGUCAAUGAUAGAGUAUUGCAGUGCUGCCAGAUGGGGUUUGGCGAGAAAUCAGCUUGAACCUGCUGAAGAGGAAUAUUACAGAUAUUUCUUCAGAAAACUUACACAAGCAAAACGGAUAAAAAGAUCUCCAGUCGCGCUACUUUCGGGCUUACCAAGCGAUCAAAGAAGGGAAAGUAAAUCAUUGGACCCGAGAAAACUCAAUACACGACAAUCUUCAGGAACACAUGCUUUACAAAAGGUCGCUGCUACAAGGCCUGCUUCAGAAACCAUUCAGAAGUCAACGAGAAAAUCUACAGAUCUCAGUGACUUAAGCACUAUACAGAAGAUAACACAAAAGUUUGAAGAAAUUUACAAAAACGAAUGGGCGGAUGCCCUCGAUGAGUUGGAACAUUUCAAGAUAAACGAGAGAGACGCUAUCACAUGUUUACUUAAAGUAGUGCUGGAUGCUUACCGAGUGUGUACUGUCGAGGCGGACUCACAGAUUGCAAAGCUGGAAAACGCAGCCUCAAGUAUAUUACUUGAAGGAGUCAAUUCAUAUGGUGAAAAACCUGAAGGCCGCAGGUCAUACCUGAUGGAAUAUAGACGUGGUAUUGCCUAUGUAUGCGGAGAAAGACUGCAAGAGACGUUCAUACGCCGCUAUCUACCAGAAAUUAUCCGAAGCAUCGGUGUCUACCAAAAGGUUCGAAUUCAUGGGCCUGUACAUAAGUACGCAAGUCAGUGUGUAGCUAUCUGCUGGGCUAUGGCCAUAAUUGAUCCACAGGUGUACGUUGUGGAUGACAGAGACAAACCGAGACUCUUUAAUAGAGAGUUAUACAAAACAUAUUCCAAUUCCGGUCUGUCCGUCGAUUACUAUGUUUGGCCGCCGCUGUUUUCUCACAAAGGCGGAAAAUUGUUGUCAAAAGGAAUUGCGCAAGGACAUUGAU